AUACGCGGGAAAAUCAGAGGCUUAACUGCGACACUACUUCGCAAAUUCAGCAGCUGAAUUUGGGUUCCAGAAUCAGAAAAAUGGGUUGGUCUUAUCCUCACAUAUCACUCGAAGAUCUAAUCAAACUAGUAAAAGCUUUCGUCGACGUGCUGAUUCUGGCUUCUGGGUAUCAAUCAACAGGCCGCCAAGCGCACUGGGAUACCUAUAAUAUCAAGAAAGCGUUUCAAUGGGCUACUUUUCUUCAGAAUGUGUUCAAGGACUUGACAUGCUCGAUAGAUUAUGAGGAUUCCAUCGAGGAAGUUGAUGCAGCUUUAUCUGAAUUGACAUCCAGUCACUAUUUCCCUCAGGGUCUUGCAUAUCUAUCUUCCACGACCUUAAUUGGAGCAAGCGAUCUUAUUGUAAAACAUCUGAUCCACACAGUGCCCUUGAGGGAGUCAAUUCUCAGAGCUACACUAGCAGCCACUAUUGAAAUGGAUUUUGAUGCUACUCCAAGUGGAAAACAUGAGAAUUGGAUGGAUGGCGGUUUUAGUGGGUGUGCUAUACAAGAAUUUGAAAGCAGGCAGCGUGCAGUGUUGUGCGUGUCAGUUGUGCAGACAGCUUUGGGAAUUCUUUCAAAGGCCAUUGGAGAAAACCUAUGCAAUGAGCCUGGUAAUUUGCCAUAUGGAGAACGAAUGCAACACCAGACGUCUCUAUUUACAGAAGAACCACCGGUGGAAUCAGUUGUAUGGAAUCAAUGGAGAGCGAGAAACCUAUUAUACAUGCUUGACAAGCGAACUAUGAGACUGGUCUCUGGUGCCAGUUUGAUUUUUUCAGCUCCUAAAGACAAAUGGAUUCAAAUUCUAGGACGACUCAAUGUUUCGGCAGAAACUGAUGAUGAUUUAUCUGAAAUAAUAGAACUCGUCUCAAUAGGGUGUAUUGCUGAUAGAUGGAGUUCUCUAAUUGGUCAACUAAUGUCAAGUUCUUAUGAAUCUCUAACCAUUUCUAAGCUAUAUCAUAAUGUGCACAGCAUAUCACUUGGAAGAUCUCAAGACCUUUGUUCUAACGCAGGCUCGUUGAACUCAAAGGAAAAAAGUGUUCUGGACUAUUUCGAAGUUUUGCUGAGCAAUCAACCCAAACAAUUGAGGAAACUGCCCCCUAUCAUUGCAGCAGUUGCAAUUCCUUCCUGGUCACAGCUCUUCAGAUCAUUUCUAAGUGACCUAGAGAGUCAAUUCAGAGGAGAUUCUUUGACUACCAGAUGCUGUAGUUGCACUACCAACGGGAUGGAGCACAAAGAAUGUGAGGUGGCUGAGAGAAUUUGGUGCCUCUAUGUCAUCCAUGUCAGCCGAUCCCAUAGAACAUGCGGUGCCGAUUCCAUUUGAUCAUUGUCUACACCUUUUCUCAAGGACAAAAAUUAGACCAAUUUUAUGCAAAUCUCAGGUAACGCUCGCCAUAUUGGCACGAAGGUGAGUGCUUUUUAUGGAAAAUCAUUAUUCAUUUCCUUUGCAAGCAAACUCCAUUUGUAUCAUAAUGCCAUCAGAAUUUAGAUUUUUUUAGGUGUGUAAAUGAGAGGAAUAUAAACACUCUUGAGAGGAUAAUAUCAUCUUGUUUAUUAUAAACACUGAACCUCUUCCUUCUGCUGCUACUUAGUUAAUGUCCUGAAGCUUCAAUUACGAAAUUUUCAUGUAUUUUUUAUCUUGAAGAAAAUUCCUAUAUUGAAAUAGGGAAGGAGAAUUAUUUGCAGUGGAUGAGCAGUUUCAUUUGUUAGAUUUAAGACGAGUUUUGCACAAUUGUUGCCAUGGAUCAUCUGCUGCAAGGCUUUUACUCUGGUGGCAUGUUUUGUCAUACGAUAUUCGGCAGAGUCGGAGAGUUCAAUAGUUUAAUGUUUUUUUGGCUGUUGCUCUGGUGGCAAUGUUUUUUUUACAAUUUACUGUACAUUAUAUUGCACAUGAGAGAUUGAACAAUAUAGUAGUCAAUAUUUUAGCUUAAUUUUCAAUAUCAAGAGAAUUAUUUAAACUUGAUUUAGAUUCAGGAGAGAAU